UCCAGCAGCCCCAGGUCCAUUGAAUCUGCCGCCGCUUCCGACGGGCACCUUCGUUCAGCAGUUCCGUCAGCGGAGACUCUGCUCUGUCCUCGGCCUCUUCGUCUGCCUCUCCCGCCUCCGUCCGCUCGAGUUCUCUCGCCUCUGCCUCAAGUGUGAGAAGGGAAAGUUGGGCGACACUGCGCGGUUUCACCCGGACAGAGGUCCAGUCCCGCUCGGAUGAGAGACAGGUGCCCUCUCGCGCAGCCCCGGCCCGGCCACAGCAAGCACGUUCUGCCUCCCGGCCCGCGGGUUCCUUCAGAAGCCACUCGGCGCCUCACCCGGGACUCCCCCCGGCGCGGGGCCGCGAUGGGACCCACGGCCGCCACCAAGUUCACCGGGCGCUUGCCGCUCCUGUUUCUCCUGCUGCUGCUGCUGCUGCUGCGCGGGAUCGCGGCGGCGCCCUUGGGGUUGGGCGUGGGCGCGACGAGCGGCGGAGAUGCUCUCUCGCUUUCCUACCAUCUCUUCAUCACAUCUCAGGCCAGGCCUGGACAAGCAUGGUGUGAGGUUCAAGGCCAGAUCAAUGGCAAAACAUUUCUUUCCUAUGACUGUCAGACCAAGGAGUUCAAACCCAUUGGUCCUCGUGGGAUGAAGCUGAAGGACACAGCAUUUUGGCAGCAACAGGAGGAAACUGUGAAACUCCUGGUGGAAGAGCUCAGAAAGAAACUGCUGGACAUCAAAGCAGAGAAUUUCACUAAGAGCGGGACAGGUUCUCUCACCAUGCAGGGGAGGCUCAUGUGUGAACGUGGGUCCGAUGGACACACCAGAGCAUCCUGGCAGUUUCGCUUCAAUGAGUCGAUAACCUACCACUUUGACCCGAAGAACAGAAAGUGGACAGUGGAUCAUUCUGGAGGCCAACAGGUUAAGGACGUGUUGGAUGGUGACAGAGAGCUGACCAUGCUGCUCGUGAGGACCUCCAACGGAGACUGUCAGAGCUGGCUCCAGCAAGUGUGGGAGCACUGGGAUGAAACCCAGGAGACCACAGGAGCACCAGCCACAACACUGCAUGUAGCUCUGGUCAAAGGCGCAGCCAUCAGGCCGAUCGCUUCCGUCUUCCUUGUGGUCCUCACGCACUCAAUCCUCCUUGUCGUCCAAGGCAUAGUCCUAUGAGUAACAGGUACUGUGGGCAGAACUGAGUCAGAAGUGAGAGGCAGAUAGCCUGAGGUGAGCACAGAAAAAGGUGAGUAGCAAGCCCUUGUCCUAUUGCCUGAACCUUCUCACCUGAAUAUGAGACCAGAUGUGUUGGACUAUAUUAGCUUCUCCCAAGAAAGAGACUCAUCAGGAGCUGCUGAUGUAAAGGUUGAGGUACAUAAUUAUUACAAGGGAUUGGCUCACGACUAGGGGGUCUGCAAGUUGGAGAAACAGGGAAGCUGGUGGUGGGGUUCCAGCACAAACCUGAACGCCUGAGAAUCAGGGCCUCAGCGGUGUAAGUCCUGUUCCAAAGAACAAAAAGAACAAAACUAGGUCCAGGAGUGCUAAUGACGAAUGCUGAGGGCAGCAGAAGGAUGGCCCAGCCAAACUGAGGGCAACGUCACCUUUCCUCCACCGUUUGUUCCAUUCAGGCCCUUGUGGAUUUGAUGAGGACAGUCUUCUUAACUCAGUCUACUGAUUCAAAUGCUCAUCUCUUCCAGAAACACUCUCUAGACAGACCCAGAAAGAACGUUUUCCUAGCUACUGGGGUGUCCCUUGGCCCAGUUGAGUUGACCUGUAAAAGGAGUCUCACAUUGCUUGGUAGUAGUUACGUGGGCAAGGUUAGCCUUGAGCUCUGAUAGCGCCUCGCUAAGGCUGGUGGGAAAGCACAGGGCUCUCCCGCCCCUAACCCCAAACUUUACAUCCGGUUUUUGCUAAAAGGAUUGAGCAAAAUCAGGCCUGACUCAGACCAGCUUUUCACCUGGGGAGGUGCCCAAGUCGGGGGUGGUGUACAGACAGUAGGAGCACCGGGCACGGAUAGCACUCUGGUUUGGGAGAGAGCAGCUGGUGGCUGCACGUGAUGUGUCCUAGGAAUGGGGGACCUCUCCAUGCUGCAUCUCCAUGCUGAACCAAAGAAGAGGGGUGGGAAGGCUGUUGCCCACCCAACCAAAGCCUGGCUUGCAGGGUUCUGCUCCCACACAACUCAGCUUGGGUGGUGGCAGCUAAGACAGAGGGCCCAUGGGAGACUCUCCAGGAUGAGAUUCAAAGGCCAGAGAUCCAGGGUACCCUGGGAUAUCUGGCUCAAACCUGGUGCUCUCACCUGGCAGCUAGCCUCCUAUGGAGCCCAGAGCCUCAGCCAGCUAAACUGCCCCUACCUUGAGCAGAGGUGCCUCAAGAGUGCCUCCGGAGGGGGCAUUGAGUUGCUGUUGGAAUGGGAUGCUGUCACCUGACUAGACCAGGAAAGGGUGUGGCAGGGCAAGGACAGUCACACUCAGACCUUGUGUUCAGCUACCAAGACGAGGAGAGGCUGAGGACAAGGGAAGAUGGAUCUUUGCCUGUAACCUUCCCCAAGGCUACAGGGACCAGGAACCAUCGCUUUCUGGGUAGGGCUCCCAGCUAUUCUCUCAGGCCUUCCCACCAGAGCGGGGCCAGGAUCUAUGUCAUGGGAACAGAUGAAUCAUUGGUGGCUUUAGUCUUGAGCCUAGGUGUUCAGGAGUAGGGCCUGAGGCUGACUGUUUUGUGGUAAUGAGGGAAGAGUUUGGUCAGGCUGCUGGACCCAGGGGUUGGGUGGCCCAGGGUCGGGGGUGGGGAGUGUAGGGUGAUACUCAACCCUCAGUGUGAGCUGGGCUUUGAGCCAGGCAGUAACUAGGGAGGCAGAAGCCCAGGAGGACUGACCCAGGAUUUCCUCAGCCACUGGAACAAGCUCCUGUUUCUCUUUUAGAGGCUGAAGUUGCUAAAAGAAGGGCCUGAGGAUGUGCUCUCCUGCACCUGCUCUCCCUUCUGGUGAGUGACCUUCUACCUGCUGUUCAUGUCCACCAACGGGACCUUCAAUCCCUAUGACAAAAGCGGAAUCCUCCAGUCCUUCAGGAGAUUGUGAUUAUGGUGGAGAUGUAGUAUUUCCCUGCCUUCAUUCUCCGUCAUGAUGAUCUUUUUCUUAACACUGAUGUUCUGGUGCUAACUGUUGGGAUUCCUGGACUUGGCCUUCUAACUGCCUGAACAAGAAUUCUGAACAAAGAGAUUAUUUCCCAAGUUCUCCUUUGGUAUUGGAAAUCAGACACUCGUCAAUAUCACGAGCCGCUCAUUGCUGAAAGAAUACUGUGUGAAAGUAGAGAAUCUCAGGGCUUCUUUCUUUUGAGACUCAGAUCUUUUAAAUAGAACAAGAUUAUAUUUAUGAUAGUUUAUCCUUUAAACUUUAAUUUAUCCUUCAAGUAAGUAUUUAAAUAAAAUAUUAAAGGUUACAUUAUUUCAGAAGUUUACACUAUAACGCAAUGGAAAUAAAUGGCAUUCAGUCUCUCUGAAACCACCUCUCAAGUAGUCAUUUGUAAGUGUCAAACAUGAUCCUGACACUCUGGGUGCAGAAAAAAUUCUGGAAAUGAAGCAAUGAGAUUUGGAUUUCCCCGGAGCAGACAUCUCCAGCAGUGACUCUCCUUUGAUACCUCCCCUCCAACUCACCUCCUUCAGGCACAGUGAGUCUUCAAGAAGGAAACAGAUCUGCUUCUAAAAGUUGAGAUGCCCUUCAACAGGCAAAUGGAUAAAGAAGAUGUGGCCCAUAAAAAUAAGGGAAUAUUACCCAGCCAUC